UUUCAGGUAUUUUAUUUUAAUUCCAAGAAAAUGUGCGGAAUGCCUUUGCCACUAUUAGUGUGGUUUUUUCUCCUUUCUUUGUACUAUUCCACAGCUGUAGCGUUGGUCAAUGAUCCACAAAGUUCCACGAAGUCUCUUUGGCAGGCUUCGAAAGAAAAGAAGAGAUUUGUCGUUGAUGAGUAUAGAAACACUAAAAUAGCUCCAGAAGCAGAAAAUUUGUCCGACCAGGAACUUAUUGAUUACGUCAAUUCGCAUCAAACAUUGUGGAAGGCGGAAAUGAAUAAAUUCAAUUUAUAUAGCAACACUGUGAAAUACGGUUUGCUUGGUGUAAAUAACAUGAAACAAUCGGUGGAUGGAAAGAAGAAUCUGUCACCAACGCGACACUCUACUAUAUUUAUUCCGGAAUCAUUUGAUGCUCGUAAACAUUGGCCAGAAUGUGCUUCACUUAGAAAUGUCCGGGAUCAGUCUUCUUGCGGUUCAUGUUGGGCAGUAGCUGCUGUGGAAGCGAUGUCAGAUCGGAUUUGCAUUAUGUCGAAGGGAAAGAAACAAGUAACACUUUCAGCGGAUGAUCUUCUGAGCUGCUGCAAAACCUGUGGUUUUGGCUGUUUUGGCGGUGAACCGAUGGCAGCGUGGAAAUACUGGGUUUUGAGAGGUAUUGUUACGGGGAGUGAAUAUACGAAUCACAGUGGCUGCAGACCUUAUCCAUUUCCUCCGUGCGAACAUCACAACAAUAAGACGCACUAUGAACCAUGUAAACAUGACCUCUACCCAACGCCGAAAUGCGUUAAAAAGUGUGAUAAAAACUACGGGAAGUCGUACAAAGCCGACAAAUAUUACGGGGAACAGGUUUACAACGUUGAAAGCAAUGUAGAAUCGAUCCAGAAGGAAAUCAUGACGUUGGGUCCGGUUGAAGCUUCUUUUGAAGUGUACACUGAUUUUCUAUAUUAUACCGGCGGGAUUUACAAGCAUGUAGCGGGAUCCAUGGGUGGUGGACAUGCUGUAAAAGUACUUGGUUGGGGUAUUGAUCAGGGAGUACCAUACUGGUUGGCUGCUAAUUCGUGGAACACUGAUUGGGGAGAAGAUGGUUAUUUCCGUAUUCUCCGUGGUGUCAACGAGUGUGGAAUCGAAUCAGGUAUCAUUGCUGGAAUCCCUAAACAGCUAGCCAAAUCAAAAUUCCGUUGAACCAAUGAAUUUCUGGUUGAUUGAAAGAGAAUGUAUGCAAUUUUAGACGGGGAAUGAUUAUGUGAUUAUAUCAGUCAAAAUAUUGUUCUUCCUGAUCAAUGCUUUUUUAUAGAUAAUUUCAUGAGGCUUGUCCUCCACACAUUAAUUCUAGUUCAUUUAUUACAUUGAAC